ACCGCGCGACUGUGCUCUGCGCGUUCACGCGGAACCUAUAAACGGACGCGGCGCGCAGAGAGCUCCGAGUAGUCAUAGAGAAAUGAGAAGAGGAUAAUCGCGGCUCAGGAUGGCAUCUUCAUCUCUGAGGGAGAUACGCUGAGGCGCACAUGACGAGGAUGCCGCAAAUACAAUAAUCACAAACUUUUUUCUCUCUCUUUUUUUGUAACUCAUGGCAGCUGCACAACUUUGCUGUUUGAGGUGAGAACGAGAGUCCGGCCAUGCAGCUGAAUGAGACUGGAGUUGAGACAGUGGCUCCAGAGCCAUGUGAGCAGCAAAUACUGCAGGAGGACAACGCUGGCAACUGCAGCGGAGGCUCCACCGGCAACCUGUCGCUACACUGCUGGCUGCAGCUCCUCACCAAGGACUCUAUCAUGGAAUUUCAAGGAGACAGCUCGAGUGUGGUGGUGCGUGUGAUGAUAGCAUGUGUGUACUCUAUAGUGUGCGCACUUGGGCUUGUGGGAAACUCAUUGGCUCUGUAUCUGCUGCACUCCCGUUACAGACAAAAGCAGUCAUCCAUCAACUGCUUUGUGAUGGGACUGGCCGUCACAGAUCUACAGUUUGUUCUGACCUUACCUUUCUGGGCAGUGGACACAGCCCUGGACUUCCGCUGGCCAUUUGGCCGUGUGAUGUGCAAAAUCAUCAGCUCGGUCACCACCAUGAACAUGUACGCCAGUGUAUUCUUCCUCACAGCUAUGAGCGUGGCACGUUAUUACUCUAUCUCGUCCGCACUGAAGAUGCAGAGCCGGCGGGCAGCAGCUGCCUGGGCCAAGUGGACAAGCUUGUGCAUAUGGGUUGUCUCUCUGCUCGCCACUUUGCCUCACGCCAUCUACUCCACCAGCGUGCAGGUGUCAGAUGAGGAGCUUUGCCUGGUACGCUUCCCAGACUCUGGCAGCUGGGAUCCACAGCUUCUUUUGGGUCUAUACCAACUUCAAAAAGUCUUGUUGGGCUUCCUCAUCCCUCUGAUCAUAAUCACCGUGUGCUACCUGCUGCUCCUGCGCUUCAUCCUCAGUCGGCGUAUCGCAGGUGCAGCCGACCCUGAAAUAAAGCAAGGCCGGCAAAAUCGGCGCUCAAAAGUGACCAAAUCCAUCGUCAUCGUGGUUCUGUCAUUCUUUCUGUGCUGGCUCCCCAACCAGGCGCUGACACUCUGGGGGGUGCUCAUCAAGUUUGACCUCGUGCCCUUUAGCAACGCUUUCUACAACGCGCAGGCCUACGCCUUCCCCUUGACUGUGUGCUUAGCGCACACUAACAGCUGCCUCAACCCUGUCCUCUACUGCCUGAUUCGCCGGGAGUUUCGUGCAGGCCUCAAGGAAAUUCUGCUCCACGCCACGCCGUCCUUCAGGAGCUUGACUCAUCUCCUGCGCCGCAAAGCCAAAGUGGCUGAAGCGCCGCCUGUUCUGGUGCUUGUUCAAAUGGACGUCUGACCAGGACGACUGGCUUACUGUGACAAAGGAACUGAAAUGACUAACUCGUAAGUGGACAGUUCUACUGAUGCGGAGGUGUUUGCUAUGAUAGUACGUUGUCAACACAGGAAAUCAUUUUUCUUUUUGGUUUUUGAAAACAACAUGAUCACAAUGAACUAAACAGCGGGAUGUCAGCGUUCAUGUCUUCAAGAUUUCUUCUGCCUCAAAUCUUUCUAUUGUAACUGUGGCUCUCCUCUAUGUUUUGCUCGCUCUGCCUCUGACGGGCAGCACUGCUCUAUGGUGAUGUGUCACGAAAAUGUAAAGAUGUUAAUCACAAAUAAGAUCUACAUCGCUGCAGCAUUUGGACAGUGUUCGGGCCAGUUGCUGUUUUUGUGUUUGUUCUUUGGUGCAUUUAUGUAUGUUCUCUCAUACGUUAACAUAAGUAGGCCAGUAGUGUGUAGUUAUGUGCUAUAUGUGUGGCAAUACUGAGAAAAUCUGUGCAAUAUUCUUCUUCUAGCAAUUUAGCAACUUCUGUUUCAGAUGCUAAAAUCAUAUGGCACUACAUGAAAUGCUACACUAUAAUGACUGCAUAGUUGGUAAGAUAAACGCUGUCACUGUGGGAACCUUGGAGGAUCAAGGGUCGAGGGGACUCACAGGAGAAUAACACCCCUGUGCAACCAAUCUUAACACAUAUACAGGGGCUUAUUAUUUUUUUUUUUACCCCUCCUGCUGUCUCCGACCGUGCACACCUCAAUAGACAUCAAAAUAGGCAGAUACCAUGAUGAAUAAUUUAGAAGUCCUAUUAAAUUUGAAGCACAAUCACACUAGGCCAUUCAUUCAUAAAAACAAGGCAUUUCUCAAUUGACGGACCAGCGCCUGAGCAAACUACACAAUAAUUUAUGAGUCACAUAAUUAGCAUAUAACAGAACAUUGUUGUAAUAAUGCGAUCUGUAAAUAUGAUAUCAUUCGGUAUUUAUGGCUGUAUUCAUGACCUUUUAUAGAAGACAGUUGCAGAUUUGAUGUAUGAUCAAUGGAAAGUUUUAUUGAGUGGCUCACUGUGUAUGAAAUGAAGUAAAGAUUCAA